UUGUGCACAGUGAAAGGAUUGGGACACAAGCGGCGUGCUUGCUGUGUAUCUCUGGCGUUCUGUUUCCAGCACAGCGCCCGCCGCCUCAGGUAGGGCUUGUAUGUGGGAAGAUGGCGACGGAUAAACAUAAACAUGAAGGAAGAGUAAAAAUCGGACAUUACAUUCUCGGAGACACGUUAGGAGUGGGAACGUUUGGAAAAGUUAAAGUGGGCCAGCAUGAACUGACCAAGCACCAAGUAGCUGUGAAGAUCCUGAACCGGCAGAAGAUCCGCAGUCUGGAUGUAGUGGGCAAGAUUCGCCGUGAGAUCCAGAACCUCAAGCUCUUCAGACACCCACACAUAAUUAAACUGUACCAGGUGAUUUGCACACCGACCGACAUAUUUAUGGUCAUGGAAUAUGUGUCUGGGGGAGAGCUGUUUGACUACAUUUGUAAAAAUGGAAAGCUCGAUGAGAAGGAAAGUCGACGUCUGUUCCAGCAGAUCAUUUCAGCAGUGGACUACUGCCACAGACACAUGGUGGUACACCGAGACCUCAAGCCAGAGAAUGUCCUCUUAGAUGCACACAUGAAUGCUAAAAUUGCUGACUUUGGAUUAUCAAAUAUGAUGUCGGAUGGGGAAUUCUUGCGGACCAGUUGUGGCUCCCCUAAUUAUGCAGCUCCUGAAGUCAUCUCAGGGAGGCUGUAUGCGGGACCCGAGGUAGAUAUCUGGAGCAGUGGAGUGAUCCUGUAUGCUCUGCUGUGCGGGACGCUGCCCUUCGAUGACGACCAUGUCCCAACGCUAUUCAAGAAGAUCUGUGAUGGCAUCUUCUUCACCCCACAGUACUUGAAUCCUUCAGUUAUCAGCCUUCUCAAACACAUGCUGCAGGUGGACCCCAUGAAGAGAGCCACCAUUAAAGAGAUCCGGGAGGAUGAGUGGUUUAAACAGGACCUACCGAAGUAUCUGUUUCCAGAGGAUGCUUCUUACAGUAACACCAUGAUUGAUGAGGAAGCACUCAAGGAGGUGUGUGAGAAGUUUGAGUGCACAGAGGAGGAGGUGCUCAACUGCCUUUACAGUCGGAAAAACCAGGACCCUCUUGCGGUUGCAUACCAUCUGAUCAUAGACAACCGACGCAUUAUGAGUGAAGCCAAAGACUUCUACCUGGCCACAAGUCCCCCUGACUCCUUCCUUGAUGAUCUGCCUGCUCACCACUUUGCCAAGCCUCACCCAGAGCGAGUGCCCUUCCUGGUGGCUGAAGCUCAACCACCGCGACCCCGUCACACUCUGGAUGAACUCAACCCUCAAAAGUCCAAGCACCUGGGUGUUCGCCGUGCUAAAUGGCACUUAGGCAUCCGUAGCCAGAGCAGGCCUAACGAUAUCAUGAGCGAAGUCUGCCGGGCCAUGAAGCAGCUCGACUACGAGUGGAAGGUUGUUAAUCCCUAUUAUCUACGUGUGCGGAGGAAGAACCCAGUUACAGGCCUGCAAACCAAGAUGAGCCUGCAGCUUUACCAAGUGGACAGCAGGACUUAUCUACUGGACUUCAGGAGCAUAGAUGAUGAUAUUUUGGAGACAAAGUCAGGUACUGCCACACCGCAUCGCUCUGGCUCGGUUGGCAACUACCGAACUACACUAAAGAACGAUAAGAGUGAGAAGAACGGAUCAGAGGAUGUGAAGGGCGAAGGCUCAGCCCCCUCCACACCCCCAGUAGGUGGGGCUAAGCAGGCAGAGGGCUCCCUCGCUUCUUCACUGACCUCCUCAGUUGACUCAGCAGGAGGAGAGACAUACCCACGGCCCGGCAGUCACACCAUCGAAUUCUUCGAGAUGUGUGCUAACCUCAUCAAGCUGCUAGCUCGAUAACUUGCCAUUGUUCCGACGUCUUUUUCUUCUUUGUCUUUCUGCUCCUCUCUUGCUUCUUGGACUUCCUACCUCUUCCUUUCCAUCACCAGGGAUUCUUAUUCUCUCUCUCAUUCUCUCUCAUUCUCUCACUCUCUCUCAUUCUCUCUCAUUCUCUCGCUCUCUCUCAUUAUCACUCUCUCAUUAUCUCUCUCAUUCUCUCUCUCUCUCUUUCUCUCUGUCUAAAGUGUCUUUAGAGCAAUAAGCAUGCAAGCAGAUGUCUCACAGCUCCACGAAUCCCACACGCACAACCAAGCCGAUUGGUCUGUGGUACUGCUACAAUCUGUUUUAGAAAGUGAAAGAGGAGCUUGAGGCUCUGGAGAAAGGGAAAGCAUGGUUUUCAUGCCAUAGGCAAGAAGUCCAAAAUAUUGUCUAGCCACUUUAUAAUAACUAUAGAAUAUUCUUUUAGAGCUGGUUUUUCAAUUGUUUAUCGAUGGGCUUGUUGGCCCCUGGUUGAAAAUGUCUGCACGUCGAUCUGUUAUACACUGAGCUAGCCGUACUGUAUAUAAUGGCACCGCAAAGAGAGAGUGAAUGAGGCAGAAUGCACUUUUGCACAGGUUUUUCUUCACAUGCUUCUGCUGGCCAAUGUUAUAAAAGAAGCACGUAAUUCCAGGAAGGGGCCAUCUUGAUGAAUGAACACAUAAAGACAAGGUCCAACUUUGAUCAAGUGGGUAGUGGGUUAUGUAGAGGGGUUUAUUAAUGAGUGGGCCAAUUUGAACUUGUUCAUUCUGAGGAAGUGCAGUGACUUUUCCUCUAACCAUUUUCAUAGAUAAGAAAAUGUUCUUUUUGAUGUAAACUUAAUUGAUUUUUUUUUUUAGACUUCUGAUUUUAUUUCACGACAUAGUAGACUUCUUUGCAUUGCUCACAUUUUACACAUAUAGAUAGAAGUAUAUACAUAAUAAAAUGGCAUUUGGAAAUAUAUUUAUCAGUGCUUUUACGGGAUGGUAUUUUAUAUUGAAAUAAUGGACUGAAAAUUCCUUUGGUGAUUGUUGAUUAUAUUGUUUUGUCAUGUUUUAUUUCAUACACUGCUUCAUCCAUUUUGAAUACAGAUUUUUUACAAAAAAACAAAACAAUAACAGCUUGAAAAAUAAUUACAUAUAAAAUUAAUUGAAUUCACCUUACAUUAUUAUACUUUAAAUAAAGGACACCCAGAAACCCAGAAUAUGUAUUAAAAAGGAAAUUGAUGGUAAAGCUUGCUUUAAGGAAUAGAAUGGAUUUCUGACCUGGCUUUAAAUUGGUUUGUUAAGUAUUAGUACAGAACUGAAAAUCAGAUUAGCAAUUUCAGUCAUAUCCAUCAACAAGAAAUAAGACUGGGAAAGUCUAGAAAUGAUAGACUGGUGUGCUUACACCCCAGACUCAGUUGCUGGUGGGAGGUUCAUGGUCACCCUAGUACUUAUACAAUGCCAGAACAAAAGUAUCUCUGCAAAAUAUAUUUCAUUGCUGAUUUAACCAUAACUGAAUAACAUAAACAGCUAUGGUCCGUAUUUAAUUGUAUGUAACAGUGAAAAUGAGUUUGGUGUUUAAAAAUUGGAGAAAGCACAUACCGUGUGUCUGUUCUUGCUGAAGUGACUUAAUGAUGAGUAAAUAAAAUAUAUAUUUACAAAUUGUACAUAGAGUUUGGGCCUAUAGAUUUCAAAGAUUGAGUAUUUUGUUGUACUCUAUUGUCUGAUCAUUACACUUAUUUUACAAGCUCUAGUAAUUCACAUAAGUUAUACAGUAAUUCACAAUCAGAACCGUAUCUUUAAAAUAUAAUGCUGUAAAAAGUGGUAUUCAUCAUUGCAGGUUUUGGGGCAAUCCGUUAUUAAAGCAGUAUGGACCACCAUAUUUCCCUGCAUUAGGAAUUUAAAUAGGAAUGUAAAAUAUACUAAACUCUGAUAUAUCAUCCAUGACUACACCUAUAUAAAGUAUUCAUAUACAAAUUCAUUAUACCAGGGUUGUUCCUGUCUCAAAGGUCUAAUUAAACAUGUAUUACUUUGUUACAAUCAGUUGUCCGAAAGAAUGUUUAACCCUAUGAUAAUCCAUCUUUGCUUUUAGCCAUAGUUUUGAUUAUAAUAUUUCUUUAAUAGACACAUCUGUCCUGGUGGAUCUAUAUUUCAACAGUGACUUUGAAAGUGCCUCAUGGUGGUUCACACACUGAUACACUGAAUAUUUGUGCUGAGGUGUCACUAUAAUAUAACCUUUAUUGAAUUUAUUGUCCCAAAGCUUAAAAAGCUGCAUGAUCUUAAACAGCAUGUCCACUAAUGACUUUUUCUUAUCAUUUCUUUUUUAAACAUGUAUUUGUAGUAUUUGGAGGUUAUUUUCCAUUUUAUUUGAAUAAAUGCACUGAAAAUAAAUCAUGAAAAAAAAUCACAUCAGAUCUGCAGCUAGAUAUUAAAGAAAAAAUAAUAAGAAGCCUGUCAGAUUUUAGUUGAUCAUUUGUAACAUCAUCAACUGUACAUCUUUGUUUUUAAAAAAAGGGAAAAUCAUACUGUCUGAUUGGGGUCUGUGUGAUUUCUGAUGUAGCAGACUUUUCCACAUGCUGUGUUUACUGUCUACUACAGUGCUCAGGUGGAGAACAUCUGGUGGCUUUGUCUUAACUGCUUCAAAGACACUGUUAAAAAUAAGAUGUUUGUGGAAUGUGAGCUUGGCCAGUGUCUAAUUCCUGAUUGUGUUUAAGAAGCAUUUUCCAUUUGAUUACCUAAUAAAGUCCUAAAUGGCAUAAA